UUCUUUUGCUUGACAUGAUUCUGUAUUUUCUCCUUUUGUUUAACCUUGUUUUUCUUUUUAAAAAGAGCGUCACUGGAUGAGGACCUUGAAGUGGUAUUGUUAUUAUAUGUUUAAAAGCCAGCUCUGCUUAGAUGGCGUACUACGGAGUGGAUUCUUUGUUAAUGCCUUAUAGUGGAUGAUGUCUGGAUUCGUACAAUAGACGAUAAUGCUUGAUGCACGUCAUGAUUUAGGAAAAGUGAAUAAUAGCAUAGUAUUGGAAAUGUUUGACUUGAUUACCCGCAUAUGGAGCUGUGAGAAAAUAAUUCCUCAACUCAACUCCUUUCGUGUGAUUUCCCGUGACUGCACGCCCUCUCCCAUGAUUCCUCUUCGUAAUCCUUCUCUUCUCUCCUGUCUUUCCCUCCUUCUUCAGCAAUUUAUUUUCCCAGCCUUUCUUCCCCUUCUCAUAGCAUGUUCAUUUGUCAGUUGUCCCCUUCCCCCCGCCAACGACUAUGGAUGCUUGAGUUCAAGAUCUUCUUCGUUUCCUUCUCAGAUAAAAGUUGAGACAGUGCUGUUCACGAGUAUUAAGCCGAAUAGACACUGGAGAGAGAUGGUAGAUAUUUACUAUGGUCAAUAUUGACCACAUCAGGCUCUGGAUAUUUUAAAUCAUAAGCGUUUAGAACAUUACUUGUUUUUUAUGCUGGAGAUACUGGAGAUGCCCUCUUUUGAGAAGUCGUGGGAGAAGUCGACUAUAUUUGCUGUUGGAAGAAUCCCUCGAAAGAGCAUAUAUGUCGCAAGCAUUAUGUCG